AUGCACUUCUGUGAUCGAGUACUCGCUUAUGAGGAAAUCGAUAAAUUCGGAGUUGGAAGGACGAUACACACGAUGUGCUCCAAAUGGGCAUUCCCUGAAUGUGCUAAAGUGCUGCAAGCAGUCCUCAAAAGAAAUAACAACCAACUGCAAAAUGCGUUGAAACGAAUGUCGUCCAGUGAAGCUGGAUCAAUGCCUGCUGUGGAAAUGGAGCUACGGGAAAAUCUCCGCCCUUUGUUACUAUCUGGUCAGUGUGCUCAAUAUGAUGGAGCAGAUAUCGAAUACAUGUUUUGGUUGUCGGCUGUAAUGCAUACAGUAAAGGAACCGAUAGCUCAAAGUAAGCUCCUUAUGAUAUUGUUUGGACCGGGCAAAUGCGAUGGGACUGAAGUAACAAUCGAUUGGAGCCUUUUUUGUGAACAUGUUAUUGCUCCCUUCAAAUUGACGGAAACCUUAAUCAAACCCCUCGCUGAUGAACUACUUCUUCUAUUGGAGACCAAGAAGUUGGACAAUGAAAAGUAUUCAUGGAGUCAGCACGAUGUAUUUAAUAUUGUUGAGGAAUUGACCACAACUCCUGAACCAUGGUCCUUUGACAACUUUGUAGCUUUGCUUCUUCAUCAACCUUCACUUAUUCCGGUUUCACUCAUCGCUCGGAUGAAUCAUAACUAUGCAGAUGAAGCUUGCCUCAUGUUCCUCACCUUCAUGACAAUGCUGCCGUGGAGCUGA